AUGGGUUAUCUGAAGCAAAUUGAUGUUGAAAACUUUAAGUCCUGGCGAGGGAAGCAAGUUAUCGGUCCAUUCAUGAGAUUCAACUGUAUUAUCGGCUCGAAUGGCUCUGGAAAGUCCAAUGUCAUGGACGCAAUGAGCUUCGCUAUGGGGGAGCGGGUUGCCUCUCUGCGGGUGAGGCGCACCACAGACCUGAUCCACGGAGCCCACAUCGGCCAGCCGGUGUCUCACACCGCCAGCGUCGCCAUGCGAUACUGCCAGGAUGACGGCGAGGAGACGGUCUUCUGCCGGAGCAUCUCCGGUGACUCCUCUGAGUAUCGCGUCAAUGCCAUACAUGUAACCUUGGCCAAAUAUCUGGAGGAACUGGAGAAGAUUGGCAUUAUCACCAAAGCUAGAAAUUGUCUGGUUUUCCAGGGAGCAGUGGAGUCCAUUGCCAUGAAGGAUCCAAAGGAGAGGACCAAGAUGUUUGAGCGUAUCAGUCAGUCCUUGGAUUAUGCUGACGACUAUGAGAAGAGGAGGGGGGCCCUGAUGAAGGCCAAAGAGGACACACAGUUUCAUUUCAAUAUGAAGAAAUCAGCUGCUUUUGAGAUGAAGCAGGUGUCCCACGAAAAAAUAGAGGCCCAGAAGUACCAGGAGCUAGUGGAUGAACUGAAUCAGAGACGUCUGCAGCUGAGCCUGUUUGAGCUUUACCACAAUGAGAAGAGCAUUGGCGCCCUCAGUGACACCCUAAAGGAAAAGCAGCAGGUCACAGCUGCUAAGGGCAGAAACCUGGAGGCCUUGGAGCAGUCGAUGAGAGCCCACAAGAAGGAGCACGGACGCCUCACCAGAGAGCAGCAGCACAUCGAGAAGGAGAUCCGUGCCCAGGAGCAGAUCCUGUCCCUGCGUCAGCCCCAGUACAUCAAGGUCGUGGUAAACACCUCCCACCACAUGAAGAAGGCUGAGGAGGUCCGAGCUGCCCUUCAGAAAGGCCAGAAGCUGAUGGUCAAGAAAAAAGAAGAGCUGGCAGAGAGCAGGCAGGAAAUCGCCGAGCUGGAGAGGGCCUGGAAAAGCUAUGAGAGGCAGGUCCAAGAGGAGCAGGCUGCACAGUUGAGGGGCAUCCAGCUGGCAGAGGACCAGCUGGAGCGAUACAAGGAGCUUAAGGAGCUGGCCAGGAAGCGGGUUGCCCUUCUAAGCCAGCAGGCUGAGAAGCUGCACUGGGAUGUGACGGCUGACCGCGAGAAAAUUGCCUUCGACGAACGCAGGAAGAAGGAAGUGGAGGCUGGCAUCAUGAACCACCAGAGUCAGCUGGCGGAUUUGACUUGCAGAGCAGAGAAACUGGUAGAGUACACAAACACUUGCAGGGCGUCACUUCAGGACUACUGUCAGCAGGAAGCGAGUCUGAGUGAGAAGCUGCAGUGGGGCUGCCAGCGCAGUGAGGAGGUUAACAAGGAGCUGGGCCAGGUACUGGAAGAGCUGGGCAAUGCUCAUCUGGAUACCCAAGAAAGCCGACGCCACCAGCAGCGUAAGGAGGUGAUGGAAAGGCUCCGCAGACUCUACCCUGAAACUGUGUAUGGCCGUGUGGUGGAUUUGUGCAGCCCCAUCCACAAGAAGUACCAGCUGGCUGUCACCAAGGUGUUUGGCUGCCACAUGAAUGACAUUGUAGUGUCAUCAGAGAAGGUGGCCCGUGAAUGCAUUUGCUUCCUCAAGGAGGAGCGAGCCGAGCCUGAGACAUUCCUCCCUAUCGACAACCUUGUUGUGAGGCCCCUGAACGAACGGCUGAGGGAGAUACGGGGAGCCAAGAUGGUGGUGGAUGUCGUGCAGUGUAGCUCUGCCUUAGCUGCUUUCCAGCUAAAGAAGGUGAUCGAAUUCGUCUGUGGUAAUGCUGUUGUGUGUGAGACCAUCGAAGAGGCCAGGAGAGUGGCCUUCCACGGGCGGGAGCGCAUCAAGACAGUAGCUCUGGAUGGGUCCCUGUUCACCAAGUCAGGGGUGAUCUCUGGAGGCUCCAGAGACCUGCGGACAAAAGCUCGCCGCUGGGAUCAGAAGGACAUGACACGGCUGAAGGAACGCAGGGACCAGCUGACAGCUGAGUUACAUGGUCUCAUGAAGCUGAGACGGAAGACGUCGGAGCUGAAACAGAUCCAGGCUCAGGCCCACGGAGCUCAGACCAACCUCAAAUAUUCCAACAUUGAUUUGGAAAACCUCCGCAAGAACAUCUGCAACUUCCAAGCGGAAAUCUCUUGUAUGGAGAGGCAAUUAGCAAACCUGGAGUCUGAGAUCCAGAUGCAGCAUGACAGUGUGGAGUUGAAGGAUGCUGAGAUGAGGACGAUCAGAGACAGGAUUGACCAGAUGGAGGAUCUGGUGUUUGCUGACUUCUGUGCUGAGAUUGGUAUUAACAACAUCAGAGAGUAUGAAAACGAGCACCUGAAACAGCAGACAGAGCUGGACAAGAAACGACUGGAGUAUGAGAGCCACCGCACCCGCUUGUGCACCCAGCUGGAGUAUGAGCAAGAGCAGCUAGAGCAGCAGAAACAGAAGUUACAGAAGCUGAAGGAUACCAUCACCAAGGUGGAGAACACUGUGGCUGAGCAGAAGAAGGAGGGGGAGAAGCUCCUGUCGGUGGUGGAGGAGAGUCAGACCAAGGCACAGGAUCUUAAGAACAAUCUGCUGUUUAAGAAGAGGCAGGUGGCCGAUGCCAAGGCUGAGAUGGACCAGAAAACACAGAGCUUCCAGGAGAGCAAUAGAGAGUUGGUGAAGCUGCAGCGGGAGGUGAUAUCUGUGGAGAUGGCCUUGGAGCAGAAACGGUUGGCUAGACACAACUUGCUGCUGGCCUGCAAGAUCCAGAGCCUGCCGAUCAGUCUGCUGUCAGGAAACCUGAAUGAAAUCAGCGAGGUGCAGCUGGACUCUGAGUCAGAAAGCACUUCAACCACCAUGGACAUCUAUGACAGAGAGGCACAACUUGUCAUCGACUUUUCUGGUCUGGAGGCAGAGCUGAGGCGUCUGGAGUCAGAGGAGGAUGUGGAAGCGCAGCAGGUCAACCUCAGGGAGUCCGUCUCUUCCAUUGAGGAAGUGUUGCAUCGCACCACCGCUCCCAGCCUUAAAGCUCUGGAGGAGAUGAGGGAUGUGAAAGAAAAUUAUCAAGGAGUGGUAGAGGCCUUUGACGCCAGUACCCGAGUCGCCAAGAGGUGCAACCAGGAGUUUGAGCGGGUCAAAACCCAGCGCUUCCACCGCUUCAGCCAGUGCUUUGAGCACGUGUCUGUUGUGAUUGACCAGAUCUAUAAAAGAAUAUGCAGGAACACUGGCGCCCAGGCUGUUUUGAGUGCAGAGAACCCAGAAGAGCCCUACCUGGGUGGCAUCAGCUACAGCUGUGUGGCACCAGGGAAACGCUUCAUGGCCAUGGAAGACCUGUCAGGAGGGGAAAAGGCCAUUGCUGCCCUGGCUCUGGUCUUUGCCAUCCACAGUUUCCGUCCUGCUCCUUUCUUUGUCUUGGAUGAGGUCGAUGCAGCCUUGGACAACACCAACAUCAACAAGGUGACCAGCUUCAUCAGGGAGGAGUCGAGGCAGAACAUGCAGAUCAUCGUCAUCUCCCUGAAAGAGGAGUUUUUCUCCAGGGCCGACGCUCUGCUGGGAGUCUACUCAGAUUUUGAUGAAUGCAUGAUCAGCCGCAUGCUGACGUUGGACUUGAGGCCCUACCCUCUGGAUGAAGAUGACAAUAAGAGACAAGAAGAGAAGUCACCUGGAGAGGGAAGACGUGCCUCUGGUACACCGGAUUCAACUCAGUGAUGUCUUUGUUGGCAUUUUUCUCUUGUUUGCUCUUUGACAGGAUCAGUGGUUCUCAAUCUUUACAGAUCUUGGCCCCCAAAAAUGAAGAGAAGUGUUUGAGUGAAGUAAACAGUUUGCAUGCUGAUUUAGACAUAAAAUAACUUUUUUUUUUUUUUAAGCCUUUUGAUGUGAUUGAUAGAUUAAUUGAAGAUAUCUA